AUGUUCCCACAGUCCAGUUGCCAAUUUGGGCAGAAAUUGACAAGCUCUUUCUUAAAUUCCUGUGGAAAUGCAAGGGACCCCAACUAUCAAAUGCUUUUAAAAAACAACAAAAAUGGAGGACUCAAACGUCCUAUUUCAAAGCUUUCUGUGAAGCUACAGUCAUUAAGCCAGUGUGGCACUGGCAAAAGGAUUGAUUUACAGUUAUCAGGGAAUAUAAACAGAGAAAGCAUCCAGGAACCUAGAUUUGAUUAUUAUAACCAUAAAGUUCCUGAUAUUGACCUCAGUGAGUGUGAAUUCCCUCAUGUCAUUGAAAUUUAUGACUUCCCCCAAGAAUUUCGUACUGAAGACCUUCUACGGGUUUUCUGCAGUUAUCAAAAGAAAGGUUUUGAUAUUAAAUGGGUAGAUGAUACACAUGCCCUAGGAGUAUUCUCCAGUCCAGUUACAGCUCGUGAUGCUCUGGGUAUUAAACAUACCAUGGUGAAGAUUCGACCUUUGUCACAGGCCACAAGAGCAGCCAAGGCCAAAGCUAGAGCUUUUGCUGAGUUCCUCCAGCCAGCAAAGGAGCGGCCUGAGACUUCAGCAGCUCUAGCCAGAAGGUUAGUCAUCAGUGCCCUUGGGGUUCGAAGCAAACAGAGCAAAACAGAUCGGGAAGCAGAGCUCAAGAAACUGCAAGAAGCCCGAGGUGAGCUGAAGCAAUGGUGUUCUCCAGUUCCUCUAGAGCUCAUUGUAAAAUGGGGUGUGUGUGUGUGUGUGUGUGUGUGAAC